UUAAUUGAUUACAUAAUAUGCCGAUACCCCUACUAUCAUGCCUACUAUAAAUUACUAUAGAACACUUUUUUUUUAGAUAUAAUAAUAUGAUAAUAGAGUUUUAAGAGUCUUUCUUGUUGAGUUCUUACUGAAUUCUUCUAUUAUUAAAUAGUGAAACUUUUAAAUAAAAUAUUACCUAAAUCGUGUUUCUUUUUUAGUUUGUAAACAAAGGAAGCUUGGUUUUAUGUAAUAUGAACACUAUUCAUUUUUUUAUUGGAAAACACUGAAACAAAAUGAACAAGUUUUUAGCAGUACCACGACUUAAAACAGAUAAUGAAUCAAUUGAAACAACUACAUCUGAAAAUCAAAGUCAGGUUGAAAGAAAAAUUGAAAAAUUAUUUGAAUCUUUUUGUUCUAAAGCACAAUGUGAUCCAGAAGCUCCAGUUUUAUACAAACAAAACCACAUCAACUAUAUAAAAAAUCAUAUGUUUACACUACCAGAGAACUAUGAAUGUCUCGACUCCAGCCGACCUUGGUUAUGCUACUGGUUGUGUCAAUCACUCGCACUCUUAAACUGUAAUUUGUCUAUUUUGGAGAAAUCUAAUGUUGUUUCUUUCUUAUCAAAGUGUCAACAUGAAUCUGGUGGCUUUUGCGGUGGACCAAAUCAAAUGCCACACUUAGCUCCUACAUAUGCUGCUGUCUGUGCAUUGUGUUUAAUAGGUACAGAAGAAGCAUACGCAGUGAUCAAUCGAGAUAAUUUAUAUAAAUUUUUGGUAUCUCUUCGUUUGCCUAAUGGUUCAUUCAGAAUGCACAAACAUGGUGAAUGUGAUGUUCGUGCUGUGUAUUGUUCAGCAACUGUAGCGCGUUUAACCAACAUAUAUACAGAUGUUUUGUUUGAAUCAAGUGCUCAAUGGGUAAUCAGAUGUCAGACAUAUGAAGGAGGCUUUGGUGGGGUGCCUGGGGUGGAAGCUCAUGGGGGAUAUACAUUUUGUGGAUUUUCAGCUUUAUUAUUACUUAAAUCAAUUCAUAUGUGUGACACAAAAUCACUUCUUCGGUGGGUAGCAAAUAAACAAAUGACAUUUGAAGGUGGCUUCCAAGGGCGAACUAAUAAGCUUGUGGAUGGUUGCUAUUCUUUUUGGCAAGCUGCUAUUUUUCCAGUAAUAUCAGAACUUUUAGAAUCUGAAAAUCAACGGCCAAUGUGGUCAAUGUAUGAUUAUCAGGCUCUCCAAGAAUAUGUGCUCAUAUGUUGUCAGAAUAGAUAUAGUGGGGGCCUUAUAGACAAGCCUGGGAAACCACCUGAUGUAUACCAUACUUGCUACGUUCUUAGUGGACUAUCUAUAGCUCAACAUGCAGUUGACAAAAGUAAUUGUGUUGUUGGUAAACCGGAAAACGUUUUGAACAAAAAUAAUCCUAUUUAUAACAUUGAAGAAACUAGUCUACAGAAAGCUCUUCAAUAUUUUAGUAUGACAGAACCAAUAAAAUAUUUUUAAGUAUGAUUAUAGACUGUAAACAAUUGAUCCAAAUUAAAUCUUGAGGAACCUGUUUUGUGAAGUUCAAAUUAAGUCUAGUUAGUAUAAUAUCCUAUGUUUGUAAGGUACCAAAUCUGAUCAAAUACAUGCAUUAAUUAUUUAAAUUUAAAAUUAGGUAUAAAUUUUUAAAAUGUCAAUUUUGUAACAAAUAAUAUUUCAUUGUGAAUCGAUCUGCUAAAAUUAGUGCUUCCUUGGUAAUUAAUUAUUUUGAUUUUUUUUUUUAAUAAUGUCUUGCUUUUCUGUGAAUAUUUUACUUAAGACAAAGUAAUGAAAUGUAUUUUUUCAAAAUUGAAGUCAAACUACAAGUUAUAAAUGUUAUUAUGUCUUCACAAUAUACUAAAUUUAUAAAUAUUUGAAUGUAUGAAAUACAAGUUGCUGAUAAAAAUAAACAUUAUCUACUUAUUUACUUAAA